GCCAGGGACUGGUCCCCUUCCCAACCUUGACCGUCGGCGUAGAUUGCUCCCCGAUUUGUCCUGCCUGACAAGCGGCUGUUCGACGGCCUACCCCGACCUGAUCCCGUACAGCUCGGCAUUGGCGGGUACCCACCCCUGACGGACGCCUCGUUUAAAGAUAAAGAGGGACGCAUACAGCCCCCGUCAUACUACGACCGGUACGCACCAAUCCCUUUCAACACCCUCCUGACCACGGAGUUGGCCUGGCCUUUUCAACAAGGAAAGCCCUGCCGAUCAAUAUCGAGCAUAAUGAUAACAGACCAAAUAGCCCAGGUCCUGAGCCAACACUGGCUGCCUAUAACCCUCGCUGUCGUCGUCGCAUGGCUGGCGAGAAAUAGGUACCACAAUGGACUCAGCAAGUAUCCCGGUCCGUUCCUGGCCUCCUUGACAGAUUGGUGGAGGUUCUUUGAUGUCUACGGGCGACGGCCCGAGAGGUCACAUAUCGCCCUCCACAGGAAAUACGGCCCUGUCGUCCGGCUCGGGCCGAACACGCUGUCGUUCUCCGACCCGGACUCGUUGAAGACUAUCUAUGGACUCAACAAGGGAUUCAUCAAGUCGGACUUUUACGUCGUCCAGCAGUCCGUGGUCAAGGGCCACAGCCUGCCGUCACUCUUCAGCACCACCGACAAUGACUUUCACAUGCAGUUCCGCCGCUGUGUCAACUCGGCCUUUGCCAUGUCCGCCCUGGUGCAGUACGAGCCGUUUGUGGACAACACGACCAAGCUGUUUCUGAAGCAGACCGAGCGUCUGUACAUCGACAAACCGGGGACCUGUGACUUCACCCAGUGGCUGCAGUUUUACGCUUUCGACGUCAUCGGCGAAAUCACCUACAGCAAGCGCCACGGCUUCAUCGAGAAGAACGAGGACGUCGACGGGAUCGUAGCCUAUCUAACCAAGCUCUUCCUCUACGUAGCACCCAUCGGCCAAAUCCCCUUCCUCGACCGCAUCUUCCUCAAAAACCCGCUCUACCUCAAGCUCUCCGAAUGGGGCAUCCUCGACGCCACCUUCCCCGUCGCCAAGUUCGCGCGCGCCCGCAUGGCCGAGCGCCUCCCCGAGCUCACCACCGCCGGCGAACCCGUCCUGCCCACCUCCGAAAAACCCACUGUCAAAUCCCCCGACCUGCUCUCCAAAUUCCUCGCCGCCCGCGAAGCCCGCCCCGAUUUCAUGACCGACACCCUCGUCCAAACCAUGGCCGUAUCCAUGGCCUUCGCCGGCUCCGAGACCACCGCCAUCUCGCUGUCCGCCGUCUUCUACUUCCUGCUCAAGACCCCUUCCGCGCUGGCCCGCUUGCGCCGCGAGAUCGACGCCGCCGCCCGCGAGGGGCGCUUCUCUGACUAUGAGACGGGGCUGGUUACCUGGCACGAGAGCCAGGCGCUGCCGUAUCUGGACAUGUGCGUCAAGGAGGCCUUUCGGCUGCACCCGGCCCCCGGUUUGCCCAUGGAGCGGAUCGUGCCGGCGGGGGGGUUGGAGAUUGCGGGGAGGAGGGUGGAAGGCGGGACGGUGGUGGGGUGUUCGGCGUGGGUGCUGCAUCGGGAUGAGGGGGUGUUUGGGGAGGAUGUGGAGGUUUAUCGGCCCGAGCGGUGGGAGGUGAAGGGGGAGGGGGAUGAGGCGAGGGUGAAGGUGAUGAAUGGGACCAUGCUGCAGUUUGGGAUGGGCAGUCGCACGUGCAUUGGGAAGAAUAUUAGUCUGUUGGAGAUUUAUAAGCUGGUGCCCAGUAUGUUGCGGCGGUUUGACAUCCGCUUCGACGACCCGGACUCGGAAUGGGAGACGGUCAAUGCCUGGUUCGUCAAGCAGAACAACUUUGUCACGCGCUUCGGGUUGCGGGAUAUUGUGAUGCCUGAGAAUGGGGGCAUGGCUGCGGAGAACUAAGGACAGUUGGUUUUAUUGCAUUGGGCAGGUUGUAUUGCUCAUUUAGCUCUGGCUUAGAUGGUUGUCGGUGUCAUUCACCUAAUGAUGCGAAUCAAAACUCGAACAUGACCAAAUACUGCUUUCUGGAUUACUACUGGAUGCGCACAAUUACGUCGAGG